CUCCAACGUUUUGGAGAACGAACUUCAUCUUCAGGAUUUCAGGAUAGGCCGUCCUAUGCGGUCCUGUGCGUUACUGUGGGUUGUGUGUUUGCUUCUUCCACCGAAACGCUCCGAAACCUUGGUCCUCAAGUCCGCUCAAGUCUGAAGUCUGUAUGUACGUGCGCAUGCGAACACGCUGACUGAAAAUGUGUUGUAAUAGUGUUGGAAGCGUUGGAAGUAUGGAUGUUGGUUGUGAGCACGGUGUGUGAAUGAAAAGUGAGAGGUUAUGAAGUGUGGAAAGAAUAUGUGUCAAAUCAGGUGACCAUAAAUUCAUGUAUUUAAUAUGCAUCUCAGAAAGAAAAUUGUGAUGCUGGUGGUAUCACUGUUGUUCAUUUUUGUUGUUGUUCAUAUACAUCAGUCCAUCGUCACUGAUGAUGAUCCGUAUAGUAUAUAUAAGCAGAAGUAUUAUCUUGAUGGUCUGAGUCACUGGUACAACUAUUCUGGUGAAAGUGAUUUAAAUGGGCCAACAGUAAGCAUGGAUAAUCCAAAACUUAUCACCAAAAUUCGAAAGAAGUUUCUCUUAUCUCCAUCACUGCAUAUAGAACCAUACAAUCUCAGUUUCCCACUUCUCUAUGACACAUCCAUGGGGCAGUCUGAGAUGAUACUUAGUAUUCUUGGAGACCAGAAAGAGGGAUUUUUUGUGGAAUGUGGGGCAUUGGAUGGUGAGACACGAUCCAACACUUUGCACUUUGAACGCCACCUCAACUGGAGUGGGCUUUUAGUAGAGGCUGACCCACUUAACUUUGCAAAGAUGGAAAACAAGAAAAGGAAGGCAUACCUGUCUCCCAGCUGUAUGAGCACCAAGCCAUACCCCAUAAUGGUUUCAUUCAAGCAGGACUUUAAUGUUGGAAAGAUAUCUGACUAUCCACCUGGGUACAAAGAGUUUGGAUAUGUGGAUGUGCAGUGUUUUCCUCUGUACUCCUACUUGCUAGCACUAAACAGAACAACAGUUGAUUACUUCAGUCUUGAUGUAGAGGGCAGUGAACUUGAUGUGCUGAGGACUGUCCCAUUUGAAAAGCUGGAUAUCCGGACAAUGUCAGUGGAAUUUGUGCAUGUAAAAGAAGGGAAGAACGUGCUAAGGAAAUUUGUUGAGAGGAAGGGAUAUGUGCUUCAUAGUGAAGUUAUACGUGAAAAUAAUCUCGCCAACGAUUUCAUAUUUGUGAAGUCAUCAGUUGAUGCAGAAAUUAAUUCCAGGUUGCUGUAGCAGGUGUGAGGAAGGUAGCAUAGUUGUUUCACCAUUGUGCAAAAGUUGUAUACUACAAAAUAUUUCCCUUUAUUUAAAUUUUUAUGGCAUACAAUUUGAAGUUUCUGCAUUUAACUUACAUGUAAUUGAGAGAAAUUCCAUAAAAAUGAGGCAGAUUUAUAAAUCUUUAAUAACUUCUCUUGGUUUCUAGUCUUUCAUAACUAUAAAGAAUAAUUGAUGAAUUAAUAUAUACUCAAACAUAAUGCCUAAUUUUGUUUUCACUCAAAGUGAUGCAUGUGUGAUUAUGUCUUUGUUGCUGUAAUGUGAUAUGGUCCUUAUAAUACUGAAAUCACUACAUUGUACUGAUGUAGCAGUUACAGUAAAGUUAUGUUGUAAGAUUGUGCCCACUAUGCCACAUGAUACAGAAAGUAUUGAAAGCAGUAUCACAGAUGAAAACGAUGUUACAUUUGAUUAAUAUGAAGCUGUGAAGUUAUACAUUAUGGUCUCCGGUUCUUUGGAGCAAAAGUGUCCUUCAGUUGUAAAAGGACAUAAGGAUGAUUGUAAGUAUGAAUGCAGAUUAUGAGAUGUGUUAGUUUGGGGCAUAAUGCCCUUCAGUUUCAAAGGGACAUGGAUGCAUCUCAUGAAGCAUUUAAAUAAUCAUAAAUUCGUUCAUUACAGUGUGGCAUUUUAGAUCACAAACUGUGAAAGCAUUCUUCAAUAACUUUUUGCUGUGAAAUGAAUUACAGUGUAGUACUACACUGACCAGUCUGACGCUGAAAGAAGAAUUUCUCAUAUUUCAGUGUACAGUAUCUUUAUAAAGGUAGUGAAACAUCAAUUUUAUAUUUUUGGACAUAGUACCUGAUAGUGACAUUAGGACAGUGGUUCCCAAACUUUUUCAUUUGGCUUUACCUCCAAAUGGAUAACUUUGUUAUUUGUAAGAUUUGAGGCUUUCACGGCGGUGACUAUGAAGAAAGCAGUCUUCUGGGAUU